GACGGGAAGAGGGGGGCCCGUCCCGCCCCCACAAAGCCGGGGGGGGGGCUUGGCCGCCUCAGGUGCCCCCGUGAAGGGGGCCGACUGGGUAGAAAUCGUGAGAUGAUUGUGCUGGAAGCGCUCCCCCCACCAGCGAAGAUGUAUGAAGCAUCCAAGGAUCAUAAUUGUUGGAAAGUUUGUUGACUGCUAUUUUCUGAAAGUCCUAAAACUUAAACAUCCAUCUGGCAUGGCACAGGAAAGCCAGCAGUUAGAUAUGCAGGUACUCCAUGACCUCCGGCAACGUUUUCCUGAGAUUCCUGAAAGUGUGGUAUCUCAAUGCAUGCUCCAGAAUAACAACAGUCUUGAUGCUUGUUGUCGAAUUCUUGCACAAGAGAGCAACAAAUAUCUAUAUAUGGAGUAUCACAGCCCAGAUGACACCCGAGUGAACAGGAAUCGUCUUCUGCAUAUUAACCUUGGCAUCCAUCCUCAUACUAACUAUGGAGUGGAUGGACCUCAGCUUAAUGGUGGUCGUACACUGGUACAUAGUUCAAGUGAUGGACAUAUUGAUCCACAGUGCACCCAAGGCAAACAGCUGAUCUGUUUAGUCCAAGAACCACAUUCUGCUCCUGCUGUUGUAGCAGCUUCUACAAACUACAAUCCUUUUUUUAUGAAUGAUCAGAAUAGAAAUGCAGCUACUCCUCCUCCACAGACACCUCAGCAAUCUUCUCCCAUACAGCCUGGAAUGAAUACUUCUACUAUGCAAGGUCCUCCUCCUCCAUAUAUGCAUAUACCUCGGUACAGCACAAAUCCUAUAACUGUUACAGUUUCACAAAACCUCCCUUCUGGGCAGCCUUUACCCAGAGCUUUACAAAUUCUUCCUCAAAUUCAAAGUACUCCUUAUGGAAGUUCUGGAUCACUCUAUAUUAGACAGACAACUCAAGGUUCUUCGGGACGACAGACUCCUACUCAAAGUACACAGUGGCAUUCAUCACCACCAGGUCCAAUUCCACAUUAUAGUUCACAUCCAUUACCUAUCUAUCCACACCAACAGAGCUAUCAGCCUUCUCAGUAUUCUCCCAAGCAGCCCCAGAUUCUUCAGUCUCCUUUUCAAUCACCACCUGCUUCCCAGUGUCCUUCUCCUUUUGGAUCACCUCAACAUCAAGUUCAACCCAGCCAAUUAGGACAUCAAAGUUCCCAUGUAUUUAUGCCUCCUAGUCCUUCAACUGUGUUACCCCAUCCAUAUCAACAAACACCACAGACAUAUCAAAAACCAAGUGGACACUCAGUGUCUUAUCUUCCAUAUAGCGGAUCUACUUUAUCUAAAGGCUCCAUGAACAAGAUAGAAAUUACUGUUGAACCACCACAAAGACCUGGGACUACACUUAAUAGGAGCCCUUCACCUAUUAGUAAUCAGCCAUCCCAACGGAAUCAACACCCACUAUAUACACCUGCAACUCCUUCAAGUUCCUCUUCCAGAAGUAUAGGUCAGCCUAAACCACCUUAUAGUGUUAAUCCUGUAUAUAUAACAUAUACACAACCAGUCAGACCUUCAGGUAUUCUUACACAGUCCCCCCGUGUAAUGGUAUCUCAGCCAAAUCCAGCAAUUUUUAAAAUCACAGUAGGCCGAGCUCCUGCUGAGAAUCUUCUAAAUUUAGUGGACCAAGAAGAACAUUCUGCAGCACCAGAACCUAUUCAGCCCAUUUCAGUUGUACCAGGAUCUGGGGGUGAAAGAGGAAGGCAUAAGUACCAGAGAAGUUCCAGCUCUGGAUCAGAUGACUAUGCUUAUACUCAAGCUUUGCUGUUACAUCAACGUGCAAGGAUGGAGAGGUUAGCAAAGGAGCUGAAAUUUGAGAAUGAAGAACUUGAGAAACUUAAAGGUGAAGUAAAUAAUAUGGAACAUGAUCUCAUGCAAAGGCGUCUGAGAAGAGUGAGCUGUACAACCUCAAUCCCAACACCUGAGGAGAUGACAAGAUUGAGAAGCAUGAAUAGGCAGCUCCAGAUAAAUGUAGACUGUACUCAGAAAGAAAUUGACCUCCUUCAGUCUAGAGGAAAUUUUGACCUGAAAGCCAUGAAUAAUUUCUAUGAUAAUAUAGAGCCUGGUCCUGUUGUGCCACCAAAGCCAUGUAAAAAAGACCAUCAAAAUAGUUCCAAGCAAGUUCUGCGAUCACAGCCAAGAGAUGAGGACUUUGAAGGAGCUCCAUGGAAUUGUGACAGCUGUACUUUCUUGAAUCAUCCAGCACUGAAUCGUUGUGAGCAAUGUGAAAUGCCGCGGUAUGCCUGAAUUUAUCAAGGUCUACUUUGUACUGAGGUGGGCUUUUGAAAUCUCAGCCAUAGGUGAAAAUUUGGGGGAAUUUUUCAGUUCUCAACCAGAUCAUUUUCAAUUUUUGAGAGAAAAACCUUUUUUUCAUUCAUGCUGCACUAAAGAUUAGCUUAUGGAUACAUACUCUUAUCCCAUGGUUGUAAGAAAGUUUGAAAAGGUUUUCUGAAUCCAAGAUGGAUUUUCUUUGAAGAAUGUAUGCAGGAAAACAAGUGAUUACUGUUGUUCUAGCCCCCAGAAUUACAUUUGCUUGUUAGUAGUCCUUAUGCAUAUUUUUAUAAGCAUUGAACAAUUACUUUGUGAAGUGUUACAGGUAUUCAGACAAACUGUGAAGAACCAGAGCUAAUCUGGCCAGAGCAAGCUGGAAAACAAGAGCUCCCUAUGUUUCCAGAUUGUAAACUACUGAAAAAGGGGGACUCAAAGAACAGAAAAGGAUAAUCUGAAAUGCUGCUUUUUUCAGGGUAAAUUAAGUCUACACAAUUGCUGUUUUGAUAUUGUGAAUCAUGGUGAGGAGGGAAAAGUACUGUACAAUCUUAUUUAUAGAGUACAAUCAGAAGUGAUUUUAUAGUCUCUUUUGCUUAUAUAGCAUUCACCAAGUCAUGCUAACACUGGUAAUUAAAUAAUUAUACCAUAUUACACAGAAAAAAUAGUGGUGCAUGCUUUCAUUAGGACUUUGUAUUUUAAAGCUAAAAAGUAAAAGUAUGCUUUUAAAAAUUAUGUUCCCUUGAAACUGCCUGACAGUGGAGCAGACAUAAACCAAAUGCAGAACUGUUCCAAGUUCUUUUUUGAAAACUUGUGUUCAGCCAUUGAUAGCAUAAGAAAUGUUUGCACCCUCUUUCUUAGGCCUUUCAGCUUUCACUUAUGUGAAGAAUUCAUGAUGUUUACAGCACAGAAGGUACUUUGUGCCCUCAUUCUGAUUACGCUGAAAACCACUAAUCAAUAUGAGUUCUCCAAUAAAGUGUAUUUGCACAUUAUCAGUAAACUAACUUAUAUUAGUAUGAGUAGUGGUUUUUGAAAUGUUGCACAUUGCAUUUUGGUGUGACCUUGGUCAGUUAAAGGGUUUAGAGAAUCCAGAAAUGGCAUAGAGAAUCCAGAAAUUGAAUUUUACUAAUACCUGUAUGAAUGUGUUAAUCACAAAUAGGAUAUUUUAUUUAUGAGUGCUUUAGGAUACUAAAAUAAAGCAAUCCUGAGUUUGAAGUUCAGUCAAAAAUAAAAUAGUUUAUGAAUAAUCAGAAUUCCUUUUUCACACUGAUGAAUCACUAGGACAGUAGAUUUUACUUCCUACACACUCAUUACUCUGGAUUUUGCAAGGAUUACAAAAUGGAGAAUCGUAUUUUAUUUGUGCAUAUCUUACUCUUAUCUGUUGGUAUUAUAUAUGAUAUAAUUUCUGUUCAAAUUGGAAUGUAUUGAAUGCAAUGGAUGUUAGUCCAUAAAAUUCUUAUAGAAGCUAUAUGGAAUCAAGCUUGAUUCAGUCAAUCAGAUAGAACAAUUAAAUUAGCGCUCAUGUUAAAGUUUUUUAAAGUUGACUUUUACACUAUAACAAAUAAGAUUCUGAGAGGUUAAAAGGGAACUUGUAAGAAUUCUGUAUCCCUACUUAAGAGUAAAAUUAUGAAGUUAUUUUUUUUACCUAGAGGAAAAAAUAUGUGAAGAUACAAAGACUUUCAUGUAUUCUGUUUUAACUUAUCUAUUAAAUCACAUUAGUAUUGCUCCUUAGUAUUGGUCACAACUUUAUUAUCUUUUUAAACAACCGUCUGCUUGGCACUUAGUCAACUGCUGCUACAGGAAAGGGAAUUGUACUCAUUUAAGUUCAGAACAUAAAUAGCAUGUUUGGAGGUAUACCGGAUUUUAGUUGGUGAGAAUAUACUUACAAGUAUUAAGCUGACUUUAUCUUAGAUUUUUUUUCUGGAAUUGGAAAGCACCAUCAAAAUUUCUAUAGAGUUUUAAUGAAUGGACACAUUUAUAGGAACUUAAGGUUUCCUUAUCUUAUGCCAUGAGCAGGGAGUUCUUUGGACAUGCCAUGCUGUGUGAAUUCAGUAUAUUUGUAUAAUGCCCAGACUAGAUUGUGGAAUUAAUAUAAUGUUCAAUGAUUUACUUAUACUUUCACUGCUGAAGUACAAGUCAAAACACAGUUUGUAGUGAGGAAGGUAAUAGUGUAAUUGCAGUGUGCAAAAGAAUCCUUUUACCAGUUUACUUGUAAAUGUCCUUUCACAUUGUUAUUACAAUGGGAUGAUAGCAGUGAAAUUAAUUUUAAUAUUUAAGUAGUUCAUGUGAAUCUAUGUCUACGUAGAAAGUACCCAGAAAUAAGUGAAUUCAAUCAAAAUGGAUUUUGGUUAUGCCAAAAUAAUUGAUGAUUGUCUAAAAGGUUUCAUUAAAGUCUGGACCCCUUGUAGAAUAGAAUAGAAUUCUUUAUUGGCCAAGUGUGAUUGGACACACAAGGAAUUUGUCUUGGUGCAAAUGCUCUCAGUGUACAUAAAAGAAAAGAUACAUUCGUCAAGAGUCAAAAAUCAUAAUUAUGAAUUAUGUUUAAUGCACAAAAUGUACUGCAAUGCAUACAGAUUCAGAAUAUGUGUGUGUCUGAGUGGUGGGAUUCUGAGGCCAUCCUGAAUUUUUAAAAUGCACUACUUUUUAAUAAUAACUGAUUUUCCCUUACUCAUAGGUCUUGGGUGAAUCUGUUUACUAGAAAAUUCAAGAAUACCUUCUAAUUCUCCAAAACCUUUUCUUUAUACAUGUCUUUUGUAUUUAAUGUUAUUAAAAUGUAUCCUUUCACAUAUAUAAAUAUAUCCCAAUUUUAAUUGAUAGAAUAUCUUAUAGCAAGCCAAAAUUAAAUCCUGUACUUGAUUAUUUGAUGAAACUAUCAAGCUGGAACGUUUGUGUAGGAAGAGAGGGCUAAGAAGAAAAGAGACACUGUUUUGUAAAAUCUGAUGGAGAUGUGUGUUUCUCUGUGAUAUGUAUGUAUUUUUCCUUAUGGCAGAUGUGUGAAGCAAAUGCAAUUUUUAAAGAGCUGGUCUCGGUCAUAUUGUCAUGUUUUCUCUCAGUUAUUGUAUACUUUAGUUCUGUACACUUCUUAUUUCCCAUCCUUUUUUAUUGUAAAUUUCUUUAAAAUCUCUCGGAUUUUACAGACUUGGAAAUUAGGACAAAAUAUUUUAAUUUUUUUUACGAGUACAUGAAAAAAUUAAAUAUUUGGUUAUGACUUUGUAAUCUUGAAUUUACAAGCUUCUAACUUGAGAAAGUGUGUAGUGCGGUCUCAAUGUGAAAUAAGUUCACAAUAUAGCAUGGAAUAGCAAGGUAGGCUGUCAGUCAACAGAAGAUUGAAAAUGUGCAGAGAAAUAAAUGCUUAUUAUAGUUAA